UGAGUCAUAAUCUGCUAUCAAAUUACAAAAAAUUACAAAAUAUAUAGAUUUUGACGCGUUCAUUCCGCAGUUAACCGUUUACAAUUUAUAUGAGUUAGGUAACCGCCGGUUUUUUGUACACCAAGCGUUCCCAUCGGAUCAGCUGUUCGCGCAUGUACAAUGCCCAUGUGGCGAGGGGGGCUCCGCCAUUGACGUACCGCGUAGCGCCAGGCGUCCCGCGCACGUCCUUUGCGCAUUUACUGGAAAGUGUUCGUUGGAGGCGCACGUAUCCCCCGCGCGCGUCCUCGUGUUUACCAGCGCAUUGUUUAGCUGACUGUGCGUAGUUAGUGAGCGGAGCGCCCCACUGGGCUAAGCGCCAGCAUGGACGCGCUUUUGGCAGCGCUCGUCGCUCUCAUGGCAUUAGCCGCCGCGAUGGCCGCCGUGCUAAGCACGCUUUCGAAAGCGGCAAUAUUCGCUAUCCUCGCGAUAGCACCGUGCAUAUACCGAUACAGGAAACGGAUUUAUGUGAUCGUGAAAACCUUACCGAGGGAUACCAAAUUCCUAUGGCGGUACGCAAACGCAAUGAUCCGCUCCAAGCGCUGGGGCCGGCGGAACUGCACUGUGGCUGACCUCUUCACGCAGCGUGCCCUCAAAAACCCUGACGCACCAUGCUUCAUCAUGGUCGGCGAUAAGACAUGGACCUUCCAAGAGGUUGCUGCAAACUCUAACCAAAUAGCGAGAGUGAUGCAAGAGCACCUUGGUUUGAAGCGCGGUGACGUCGUGUGUGUGUUUAUGCCCAACUGCGCCGAAUACAUUUGCACGUGGCUUGGCAUGUCCAAACUUGGUGCUGUGUCAGCUCUUAUCAACAGCAAUUUACGGCAUCGCCCGCUAUUGCACUGCAUCCAAGUGGCCAAGGCUAAGGCGAUCAUUUAUUCCGAAUCACUGGUUGAUGCCGUCGCCGAGCUAGGCGAUCAACUACCUCCUGAGCUGAAGCUCUUCCAGCUGUACGGCGACUGUGCAAGUGGAGUGAUCGACCUCCGUGCUGAGAUGUACAAGCACCCGCCAGACUACCCCGUCGUGACCGACAAACCACAGUACAAAGACACACUUCUGUACAUUUACACAUCGGGAACCACGGGAAUGCCUAAAGCUGCUGUUUUACCAAAUUCAAAGUACUUGCUGAUAGUUGUGGCGACAGUGCACAUGUUGGGACUGCGCUCUACCGACAUCAUGUACAAUCCCCUGCCGCUGUACCACACGGCGGGCGGCCUGGUGGGCACAGGCGCCGCUCUCGUCGACGGCAUACCCUCGGUGCUGCGGAACAAGUUCUCAGUCACCAACUAUUGGACUGACUGCAUCAAGUACAAUUGUACGGUGGCUCAGUAUAUCGGUGAAAUGUGCCGCUACCUCGUGUCAGUUGCGCCGCGCCCCACUGACUCGCAGCAUCGCGUGCGCAUCCUAGUCGGCAACGGCAUGCGACCGCAUAUCUGGCAACAGAUCGUCGACAGGUUUAAAGUACCGCAGAUAAAUGAAAUAUAUGGCGCGACGGAGGGAAACGCGAACAUCAUAAACGUGGAUAACACGGUGGGCGCAGUGGGUUUCCUGCCCAAGCUGGUGCCCACGUGCCUGCACCCCAUCGCCCUUGUACGAGCUGAUGACAACGGCGAUCUUGUACGAGGACCUGACGGAUGCUGCAUACGAUGCAAGCCCAAUGAGCCGGGCAUGUUCAUCGGACUGAUCGCGCAGGGCAACGCGUCCAGAGAGUACUAUGGAUAUGUUGACAAGAGUGACAGUAACAAGAAGCUCGUCCGCGACGUGUUCCGGAAGGGCGAUGCGGCGUUCGUUAGUGGCGACAUCUUGGUGGCGGAUGAGCUUGGAUACCUGUACUUCCGCGACCGCACCGGCGACACCUACAAGUGGAAAGGGGAAAAUGUUGCCACCGCUGAGGUUGAGGACGUCAUCCGAGCCGCCCUAGACCAACCGGCUGUCGUAGUUUACGGAGUUUCUGUCCCGCAGACGGAGGGCCGCGCAGGCAUGGCGGCGGUGGCGGUGCCGGCCGACGCACUAGAUCUGAAGGCUCUCUCGCGCGCGCUCGAUCACUCGCUGCCUUCGUACGCGCGGCCGCUGUUCCUGCGCCUCAUGUCAGACAUCGAGAUCACUAGCACAUUCAAAUUAAAGAAACGGCAAUACCAGAAAGAAGGUUUUGACCCAGACGUCAUCAAAGACCCACUGUUCUUCAGGUCGGGGGAAGACUUCAAGCCUCUUACGACACAGCUCUUCAACGAUAUUUGCAACGCUCGCUGUAAACUAUAGAACUCUUCACACUUACAAAAAAUUUGCCUCAUUAUUGUUUACUUUAGCUUGAUGGGAGAAAGUGGGUGUUGAGAUCCAUCCAGACACAUCAGGGUCAGAACUAUCCGAUAUAACAUCCGUCAGUUAUCAGUGUUUUGUAUUUUCGUUCUUUGUUUUCAUGGAUGGAUUUCUCUAUUUAUAUGGAAAUAAGGAACUAAAAUUGUGGGACUAGAAUUUUCCAAAUUAUGCACUUUUUCACGCAUAGUCACUUACACGUCGUGGAUUAUCUCAUAAGGACAAGGGUAAUGCCUCCGUGCCUAAUGACCCUGAUGUCUGAAUGGAAUUGAAGAAACUAAAUUUUUGUUUGGUCGAGUAAGAAUUUUACUAUGCAGUUUAGAAACGUUAACUUGUAUUUCUUUCAUAUACCUACUACCUUAGAACUGAAACGAUCGUUUUUGAAAAUGCACCUACAAAAUAUUGCAAGCUAGUUUGACCCAAAGGAAAUAAAUUUAAGCUCACAAAUCUCAACUCACAUUUAUAUUUAAUUGCACUUGACUGACACAUUUAAUUGAAGAGUCAAGAGGAAAACGUUUAUGAAAGAAUAUCAAAUGCUAAAAUAUGGCUUUGGUUGGUCUGAGACCAAAUAAGAUAAAUAUAUGUAUAUAUAUUUUAAUAAAAUAUGUAUGAAAAUUUAUAGUUUAUGUUAUGGUGGACAGAUAAAUAAAAUAAUUUAAUAAAAUCAUAAGUAAUUAGCCACCUAGUGGCUAUAACCUUAGCAAUCUGCUGUGCUAAAAUUGACCAGCAGCCUCUUACCUCAAACGGAAUUAAGAGUACCUACCUAAUACCUAUGUAAAUGGGCGACACGCAAAAUUAUAGAUAUAAUAAUUGGCGAUUUUAAGGUAAGCUAUUCAUGUCAUACUGUGAUGUGAAAAUCUAUUUGAAGGCUUAGUUAUUAAUAUUAUGAAAAACAUAGUAAAUUCUUCUGUAUAUUGUGAUUUAUUUAAAUUUUACUAUCAAGAGUCAAUUUAGUACAUAUUAUAAGGUUUUACUUUUAAAUUCACGUCUCUAUACUUUUGCUUAGCUAAUAUUUAGGUACCAAAUAUACCAUUUCAAAGGUAUUCUUAGGAUUAGAAAAGGAAUUUGUUUGUUUUAAAAUUACGUUUAGUAAUUAAAUUUAGUAAGCUGGACAUUAAAAAUGAUGUUAUCGUUGUUUAAUUAAAAGGCAGAUCUAUCUAACGAAGACCGUUCCACGUAGGUUGUAGUGCACUUUUUAAGGGGUUUUGAAUGUAAACCUAAUUAUUAAUCAUAGCAUUAAAAUGUUAACAAUAUAGCAUCAAUCAGCACUAUUUUCUUUCCACAUUUAUUGAUGUUUUAUAAGAUACCAAAAAUUAAAAUAAAAUCAUAAAACAUCUCAAAACAAAAUGAAAUUUAUGUAGAUAAGUAUCACAACUUAAUAAAUGUGAUUGAGUAUAGGUAAUAAUUGAAUAACUCUAGUUCGAUAAAAUUAUUCAAAUGCAGAAAAUCCCUAAAGCAUAAUCAUUUUGCAUUGCGUAAAUUGAGUUCUCAUAGAGAAACUUUAUCCAUUUGUUGACAUGAUGAUGAACUAAGAUCAAGUUUUGCACACAUGUUUUUGCACUAUAUUGCUUUUCUGAUGGUGCUGAAUAAAAGCUACAGUAAAAAAACUAUAGAUCCCGAGUAAACGACCACUAAGCAAUGCACAAGUGUUGUGUAUGCACAACCUUAACCAAACAGUCUUCGUGAGAUAGACCUCCUAUUCUUAGUAUAAAUAGGUAUGUAUCUACUGUUUGCGAAUGUUUUCUACACCUUAUUUUAAUUGGCGACACACAUUCUUUACUGGAUUAUGCCAUGGUUAAUGUGCAAAAACCGAACAAUAAAGUGGAAUACGUACUUUAUACUUAUGUGGAGCAAAUUUUAUAAGUAUAAAGAACGAUUUACUUGCGUAUAUAAUUAACGAUAAACUAUACUUUCUGAAACAGCGCCACCUGACGUAAAAUACAUAUUAGCUUCACUUAAUAUAUUUUUACUGUAACGAUAAUCCAUUUUAACAGACAGACAUAGCAACGCGAUGCCGGGUACCUAUAGCUAGUGUGCAUAUUGUCAUCGCCUAAAAAGUAGAAUAUAGAGAGAGAGAAUAUAGUUAAUUAAAAUAACAUUUUAUAAUCAGUUUAUGUAGAUAAAGGACAUUGGCGAGAUUAGACUUAAUAUAAGUAUAUAGACAGGGCUAAUUCAAUUGUACACAAAUCUCUUGAUAUGUUUACUGCGGCCCUAACCUUUUCAUUAGCCACAAUAAGACAAAUACAGCACUAUUCUCAGAGAUUUGUGUAUAAUUUAUUCUAGUACUUAAAAUAGAACGACGAAAUAUUGUUGCAAUUAUUUUCUGAUAUUGUUUGUUGUGUCCAAUUUAUUAAGAUAUUUUUAUUCAAGUGUAGGUACUUACUAUUGUAUGAUGAAUUUGAUGUUUUUUAUUCGAUCAGCUAGAAAAUUCCUUACUGUUAUUUCACCAUGGUAACGAAUGCGGCGAAUUUCCACUCUUGUCGUCUGUGGAACUGUUAGCUAAAUUCUAAUGCUUAAGUGGGUUUUGCCAAUCUCCUUUUUGUAGAUAACAUUCCGCAUUCUAGUCUUUUUAGUUAAUUUUUUGAUGUUCCUAGGCUCAUAGAAGUUGCGAAAUAUUAAUAUAUCUAUUAAAUAAUUAAACAGACAUUGUUUUUUUUUUAAUUAAAUACUAUUUCGUGCCUUGUUACAAGGGCCGUAUUGGAAAUGGGCUGUAUCAAUAAAAUUAUUGUAAGCUGUAAAUAAAUACUUACAAAACGUA